AUGGAUUCAGUGAGCGAUGCCCUGGCCAACAAGGCGUCAAGCACACUUCACAACAGGGCAGGACCUUUGAUUCGUUUUGCAAAGUUCUGGAGGGACAGGGGUUGUGAAUGUUUUCCAGUCGAGGAACCGAUGCUUUACGAAUACUUCAAGUCUUGGACAAACGCCGCGCCGAGUUCUUUCAGAUCGCUUUUGCUCUCCAUUUCGUUCGCCUUCCAUAUUUUGGGCCUCAUGGGAGGGGAAGUCGUUUUGAAGAGCGGUCGAAUUAAGGGUUUGUCAGCGGCGCAUGUUUGCAAUCGAAGGAAAGUAGUGCAAAGGCCACCUUUGACUGUUGAGCAAGUGCAGCACCUGGAACAGAUCGUGAAGGACGAACGUAGGACUGCUUUUGACAGGAUCGCAGCAGGCUACUUUUUGCUCUUGAUCUUCGGAAGACUUAGGUUCAGUGACGGACUUCAUAUUUCGAGCAUGAAACUUGAUGUCAUCACAGUCGGCACCGACCUGGAAGGUUUCCUUGAAUGCGAGGCCGAAAGAACGAAGACCUCGAUCACAUUGGAGCGCAAGACAAGGCACCUUCCGAUUGCUAUUCCAAUCCUGGGUUUUUCCGACCCUAGCUGGGUUUUGACGUGGCUUGAACUGAGGGACAAGGCGGGUUUGAAGUGUGAGAGAGGAACACCUUUGAUGACCUCACCAAUGGCGGAUGGCUCGUGGUCCAAAACCCCUUUGCCGGUGAGUUCAGCAGGGGAAUGGCUUCGAGCUUUGUCAAAGGUGUCCGAUGGUGCCGCAGUUCGAAUCGCAACGCAUUCGUGCAAGAGCACCUUGUUGAGCAUGUGUUCGAAGUUUGGCUUAGAACAUUCAGUUCGUCGCAUGUUGGGAUACCACAGCUGUUCGAAAGACAAGUCAUUGCUGGUAUACUCGAGAGACAGCAUGUCCUUGCCUUUGAGGAGACUUAGGGAAGUCAUCAUGGCGGUGAGGACUGACAUGUUUUUCCCGGACAAGACUCGGUCCGGAUAUUUCGCCCCGGGCUCAACUUGCGAAAGCAACCAGCCUGCUUCAGACGACGAUGGUUCGCUGGACUCGGAGAGCAGGGGUUCGGAGAGUGAGGAGGACGACAUCCCGGAGGAAGAAGAGAAAGCAGUUGCGCAAGUUGUAGGCCCCUGGAGGCCACAGGAGGCCACCGACUCUUUGUGCUACGCUCGCCGCAAGACUUCCCGAUGCCUUCAUGUCCUCGCAGACGAAGGAGGUACGCAUUUUCGUUGUGGCCGAACUGCAAAUGCCAACUAUUUGCGCCUGGAUGAGAAACCGGAGUUCGUGUAUCCGGCUUGCGGAGUGCCAUUGGUGGACAUGGUGAAGGACGCUUUGGGCCGUGAUGCAACGGCUUUAGAGAUGAGUCACUAUGAACCAGGUGACACCUUAGUCGACAAGUUUUGCAAUUGCUAUGAGAGCGACAGGUACUGCCUUGUGAGGCGAGGCCUCGCGAUGGAGCAGGCAAAUGUGAUGAGCUAUGAGAACCACGACAGGCACUUGCUUCAACCUCGGAUGGCCCAGAACGCUGCGAUUCCGAACGCGAACCCCAGUGGCUUCAAGCCGAACAUCGUUAAGGAGGACGAUGCCUUCAAGCGUCGCAAGCUCGGUCCCAAAGGAAAGGGAGGAGGUCGCCGUAAGAAGAACACAGCUUUGCUUGCGAGCGACGCCCGCUUUAGCUGCAUGGAGAGAUUUUGUGAUGGCACGCAUUCUCACGAGGGGUGGGGAUUUGACGAGGAGGCACAGGUUUUUAAUACUUCCAAAGAGGCAGAAUAUCCUAAAGAAUUGUGCGAAGCGUACACUGAUGUUUUGGUCACUUUGGCUCAGGCACGUGGCAUUUCUAUCCCUCUCGAGGCCUCACAACAGGAGGCCGCCAAACCUCAGAAACAGCCCAGAGGACGUCGCUUGCCGCAAAUAGUGUCAGAGUACGGCCAAGUUAUCACACGACUUUUAGACCGGGUGCCUUCCCUUGACUCCAAACAAUGCUUGCAGACUGCUGUAGGCGACCUGCCAUGCGGUGCUCGUUUGUUGAGAUCUGAAGCUAAACCGGGACAGAAGGUCUUGUGCGUUUUCGGGGUCUAUAGGAGUAUGGAGUCCUUUGUUGAGGUCUCCCGUCAGUUGUGGCAUCCAUACGACGAACUGAUGAACUUGCCAGAUGAUCUCAUUCGUUGCUUGUUUCUGAACUUGACCUUGGGGUUGGUGGAGCUCACCAAGCAUAGGAUCAAGACAUUGGAUAGUUGGAUGCAAAAGGCCAGGGCUUUGCAGAUGCGUGAGCGAGACCUGCACAAGAAACUGAACCCCAAAGUGGCUAGGAUCCUGAAGGGAAAACGCUUGCUGGUGCUUGAAGAACUUGCCAAAGACAUCGGUUGGUUUUGUCACCGAGGAGCAAUAGACUUCAAGCUUAGUGAUGGGAGCCGGCUUAAAGGGCUCGUGGGAGGUGCCCUCCUCCCCGGGCCUUCGUUCGCCGUGGAGGUUGCCGCGUCGGGAGCUUUGAAUUUCGCCCAAGGAGGUCUCAUGGAUUCAGUGAGCGAUGCCCUGGCCAACAAGGAGGACGACGUCCCGGAGGAAGAAGAGAAAGCAGUUGCGCAAGUUGUAGGCCCCUGGAGGCCACAGGAGGCCACCGACUCUUUGUGCUACGCUCGCCACAAGACUUCCCGAUGCCUUCAUGUCCUCGCAGACGAAGGAGGUCACUAUGAACCAGGUGACACCUUAGUCGACAAGUUUUGCAAUUGCUAUGAGAGCGACAGGUACUGCCUUGUGAGGCGAGGCCUCGCGAUGGAGCAGGCAAAUGUGAUGAGCUAUGAGAACCACGACAGGUCAGGCGCUUGCUUCAACCUCGGAUGGCCCAGAACGCUGCGAUUGGCGAAUCCCAGUAGCUUCAAGCCGAACAUCGUCAAGGAGGACGAUGCCUUCAAGCGUCGCAAGCUCGGUCCCAAAGGAAAGGGAGGAGGUCGCCGUAAGAAGAACACAGCUUUGCUUGCGAGCGACGCCCGCUUUAGCUGCAUGGAGAGAUUUUGUGAUGGCACGCAUUCUCACGAGGGGUGGGGAUUUGACGAGGAGGUCUCCCGUCAGUUGUGGCAUCCAUACGACGAACUGAUGAACUUGCCAGAUGAUCUCAUUCGUUGCUUGUUUCUGAACUUGACCUUGGGGUUGGUGGAGCUCACCAAGCAUAGGAUCAAGACAUUGGAUAGUUGGAUGCAAAAGGUAGUUGAGGAUGAAGAUGAGCGUGAACUGUACGACAUCACCCUCCGAGAGGCAAACGAAAAGGGGUUUUGUAAACACCGAGGAGCAAUAGACUUCAAGCUUAGUGAUGGGAGCCGGCUUAAAGGUCAGGUGCACGAGUCCUGGUCAAUUGCCCAAGGUCAGUUCCGUAUGACUUCGUUCGACCUUGCGUCGGCCUACAAGCAACUCCCUCUACACCCAGAGGAGUAUUGUUGUUCGAUAGUGACCCUGAAGAACCCCGACACCAAGUCUGCUGUAUGCUUUGAAAUGCGUACCCUUCCUUUUGGAAGUGUGGCCAGUGUGCUCCACUUCAACCGCAUCUCAAGGCUCAUCUGGGCCUUGGGUCUUAGGCUGGGAAUCUUGUGGACUAACUAUUUUGACGACUACCCUACAAUCACGCAUGAGGCUCACCAGCUGUCGACCAUGACAUGCGUGAAAGGUCUCUUUGAACUUCUAGGUUUCGCCUUUGCCGAAGAGAAGCUGGCACCUUUCGGGGAAGAAGCCGAAACUUUAGGAGUGCUCGUGAAUCUGUCCCAAGCCUCUCAGGGCAAGAUAGUCGUGGACAACAAACCUUCGAGGAAACAGGAACUGCUGGAGACUAUUGACAAGGUUUUAGGCCCAAUUUUAGGCGACGGCUUUGUGAUCCCAAUCCAGCUUCCUUCGAUCCUUGGUAGGAUGCAGUUCGCAGACAUGCAGUUGGCAGGAAAGAUGGGUGGCUUAGCCAUGGCAGACUUAAGGGAGGAGAAUGCUGCUGAUGAGGGCUCAGGUGAUGAAGAUGAUCCGACUGUCAAGAUUCAGAAGGUCUUCAGUGUGCGU